AUGGAAACAACUGGAACAACAAUAGUCUCCCAAAGCAAGGAGGAAGCCGGAUUUACAAUCUUUGGUGAUGAAGACCAAACUGCACAUGCUGAAAGGCUUAUCAAAGGAAUCGUGGUAAAGUGUUUAAAAACCCAUAGUUAUGAGUACAGGAAAUAGUUCUGACAGUACACUUAAGAGCCUGCACUAGACCUAUCAUCAGCAAGUAUACUUUAUGCAAUGUCAUGCCACCUUCAUUGACUUCGAUUGUUAAUAUAAAUCCGUGGAGAGAUAUUUUAAACAUAUUGGCAUUCUCAAGUGACCUUUUAUUUAUAGUGACUAAAUGUUCUGCAGAAACGAAUGGCAAAUAAAAAUAAUACCAAGUAGUGCAGUUAGCCAAACAAAUCGAGUUCAGUACACGGUGUACUGAGCUCGAUUUGUUUAUUUGAUAAUUUAUUUUUAUUCCCUUCUUUGGUGUUUGAUUGUUAAUUUUUUGUUUGUGACUGGUUAAAAAUAGGAGUUAAGGUUUCUUGACUUAAGAAAUAGAAAUGCUGGGCAUUUUAGGAUCAAUGUUAGGUCAUGUAAAGCUAUCGAGGACUAGAGGUUGGAAUAAGCCCUUCUUUUGUAACGAAUAUUUUUAAACACUGUUUUAAAUAAUAUAGAUUUCAUUUUUGUGACCAUAAUCGACCGAACAAAUUAUUAUUAUUAUUAAAUAGGAUCACGUUCCUUUCAAACUUAAGUGUAGUAACUACUUACUGGACCCAAAAAUAGUUUUAAGAUCAUUUUUACGGUGGUAUCAUUUUACUUAAAGUACAAAUAUGCUUCAGCGGUUUUUUUUCGUUGAUUCUAAAAACUCAAAUCGAAAUGAAAGAAAAAAGGAAAUGAAUUCCGCUACUUGACACAAUAUGACUCCCCAUAUUAUGAAAAGGAUCUAUUUACCUGCCACAUAGACUGAGGCUAUGCUCGCACUAUACUUCCCGGAUACAUAGCUUCCCUCCCCGGGGGGUACUCUCGCAUAUAAGCCAUAAAGGUAUGUGCCGCCCGAAAGGGUAUGGUUUUUGGGCCUCCACAGGUAUUCACUUUGCCCAGUUCGGUCUGGAAUCGGGUUUGGUUUUCGAUGGAACUACGGGAGUGCAUGAACGUAUUUAUCUUUUCAAUUACAAAUGAGUAAGAAAGAAACAGCAAUAUGCGAAUUCGAAAUGAAUUUGAAGAAUUUUGUUUAUUUGCGCUCUAAUCUAAAUAAUAAUGACAUAAUUUCUUCCUUAAAGCCAGGCCUGAAAACGGGUAUGGAUUUUAGAGGUCUGGGGGCCGUUUCUCGAAAGUCCCGAUAAUUAACGGGCCCGGUAAGCUGUCCCCGCUUACAUUAAAGAUCGAGAUUUCAAUAGUUUUGCAUCUAAGAUGAUAAAACUAUCAGUUAAUGAAACAAAAUGGAGUAGUUUGCUAGCCAGGACCCGCGCUCUUAUUCUUUAUAUUUCGAUUUGAAUAUUUGAUUUCGGGCCCGGAAAGUUACCAGGACUUUCGAGAAACGGGCCCCUGGUCUGAAAACGGGUGUGGAAAAUGACAUUUUUGGGUCUGAAAUAGGGUCAGGAUUUAGAGAAUCGGGUUGCACACCCCCACCAAGAAUUUCCAGGAGUACCCCCCGGAGCUUGUCGUUCGGAGAAGAAAGGCUAUCCGUUAUAUUACGAUCAACACUUAGCCGAGAUGCACAGUGUGAACAGAAGCCUUAUCUGGUAUGGUUUUCAGACCGGCGCAAAAGCUAUCCAGCAUAGUGUGAACAUGGCCUGACUUGCGUAGAUUGAGUGGACUAAUUCCCCACAUGUUUUUUGUACAGGAUAGUGCCAAAAGAAGACGGCGGGAACUAAUAAAGGUUGAAGACAAAUUCAAGGGUUCAGUGAAGGGAAAAGAGGCAGCCAAACUCCGACACAUUUCUGCUCAGUCAGGAGCAAAAGUAAUCUUAGAUCGUGAAGAUCACGAAAUUUACAUUAUCUCUGGAACAGAAGAAGAAAGGGAGUAUGCUAAAGUUCUAAUUGGAGAAAUAGUGGUGGGUAAAAGUUGUCUUUCCUUCGAAUGAAAUCGAAGUGUAGAUCUACGUAUCGUGCUUCACAACUACAAAUAGAAACCGUUCAUUGUUAUCAGCAGGAGCUCAUGGGAUGGGGGGGGAAGGGCAGUGCACUAGGAGAAAAGAAAAGUCAUAGAAUGGGGACACACAUACACAGAAUUCAUCAACCCAUCAUCAAUAGUAGACUGGAAACGUUUAAGAAAGCCAUCUUUCUUCUCACUAACUACCGUAAUCCUUCAAACUAUGAAGUCGAACUAUAUUAGUCCGUCAAAUCAUCAUGACAGUCCAAUCCGCUUUUUGCUUUUGAGUAAAUCAGGAGUAAACUUAGGGGUCUUAACGACGAGCCCUUUUUACUUUUCGUAAAGACAGAACCUUAAAUCUCAAAAAGUAAAACAUAUUUCAUCAAACAGUUUAGAAGCUCAUAUCAUUGUUGGACGCUUUCAUCGUUAAUGAGACCCCAAAUGUGGAUGUAUCGACCGGGUUCCACUGUCUGAUGUAAGAUAUGAAUGCCUUUAAAAUACACAAAAUACUGCCUCAAGCGUGCUUACGGAACCCCUUAAUACCUCGAGCAGGCGUUCAGACAGUAAAGAGUGGCGCAAAUGGCGAGCAGAGAGAAAAGGAAACACACGAAAUUCAACCUUGGACAAUUCAACUUUUCAAAUUUUUUCGGGGGAGUAUCCUCGCUUUAUUUUUCUACUACGCUUCUAUUUGCGCCGUCCCCGCAUCUAUCUGAAUGCCUGGAAUAAGUUUCUUAUAGGUCAUACGCUUUGAAGCGGGAAGUAGGCAUGCAGAUUUUAUUUCAGUUUAAGAGUGGCCGGGAACUUCAUCUCAAUCUUGGGCUCUUGUUUACAGUAUGUGUUUUGGGUUAUGUUGAAGGCUUUAGCAAGAAUGAGAGGUGUUGGACGAAAAAACACGAAAACCAGUUGCUGCAUUGAUGACUAUAAUCUCAACGUACCAAAACUGAAACUGGAGCAGGUGCUGAAAAAUGGCCAUCCAACUGGACCGCUCGUACAAUACCGACUGAAACCAGCCGAGCAAUGUGAACCACAGGUGUGCAUACGAGUAAUUAAUUUCCUCUGUUCUCCAUUCCUUGGUUGCCUCUCCCAAUUCUUUCUUUGUGGUGAAGUUUUGUUUAUGAAUAUUGUUUUCAAGUUUUAGCAUGCACAUUUGAAAUUCUUACCAGUUUUUAGUAAAUUCGAAGGCGAUGUUAUCUUGGAUGGUGUUUGGUUGACGUCACGUUUUUGAAGCUUUCCACCCAGAUUUUGCGUAGUGAAGCUAAAAAAUAAGCAAGGCAGAAACCUUAUUUCCUUCUUCUCACUUAGGAACCAUGCAGUUCUGACGCUGCUCAUCCAAGCUAUAAAGAACAACUAAUGAAGGACGUCUUGGUAUCUCUACGUAAGGUCAAACAGGAAAUGGCUGAAGAGAUGAUGCCAAAGGCCGACAUGUGGUGUCACUUUGGAAAGGUUACAAUUCAAGUUCCAGAUCGAGGUAGUGUUUCUUUCAGUUUUACUAUAAAUUAUCAGCUAAAUUCGCCCUCAUUACUUUAUGUAGUGUUAUGUAGGGGCUUCUGAAUGUUAGUUGUUAACAUCAAUCCAUAGAUCGCUUUUUAUCGUUUUUCCUUCAGAGGAUGUUCGGGAUGGACGGUGGAGCAUUAGAGAGGCCACAGAAAAGAUAAAAUACCCUAACAAUAAACACUGGAAGCUAGCUUUUAAUUUGGAAGGGGUUACGCCAAAUGAAAGGGCAUUAAGAACACAGUACAAGGAAACGUUUCCUGAGGAGAUAGGUUAUGUUUCAAGAUAUGAUUUAACAUUUCUGACACCAUGUUGGUAUCAAUUGAGAUGCAAGGUAAGUCCGCGUGCUUACAAUCCUAAGGUCUGUGUCUAAUAAUUGGUAAUAUUUUUUAUGAAUAGAUACACAAACCUCCACGUGUAUUUUAAGAAACAAAUACCUCACAAAAUUGAUCCUAAGAACCUGCCCACCCACGAAAGUCAUGACUGCACUUUCCCGAGAUAAUUUUACUGUGAGGUAUAUCCAGAGAUACGUAAAAAAGGUCAGAGACAGCGUCCAUGACACUUAAUGUGGUAAAUAGUUAAAACUUUAUGCUACCCGAGGCAAGAAAUUAGAAUCGGCCAGACGCUUCAUUUAACGUAAACACUUGAAAGAGUGUUUAUUUGAAGCAGGUUAUGUACUAGGCACUAUUUCGGGAAUGAUCAAUGUCCAUACGUCAGAUUUCACAACAUAAUUCAUUCUUUUUAACGUAGGUAUGGGUUGCAAACGAGAACUCCAAGCAAAGGCUGGAAGACAUACCAAUUCCUUUUGAUGUGAAGAACAUUUUGGGAGAGAUACACUUCAAAGAUGAGGAUACACGGUCAAGAUGUCGGGCAUGGCUAGUGCUCAAGUCUAUGAAAUACUUAAAAGCAGACAUCUUGUUUCCAGGCUGUGAAUUUGAUUGUAGGUUCCACAUUCGGGGACGAAGAGGUAGGAUAAGUAACUGGUGUAGAGGUGUUAGACUAAACUCGAAGUAAAAAUCAUGCGACUCUCCCUAUCUCUUGAAAAUGAGACUGUAAGCAUUAAAAAGGGGGUUUGUUUUCUGUAGAACUUUGGUGACACUUUGGCUGACUGACUGUUUUAUGAGCAUACUUAAGGAAGAUGGUGAUGUAAUUGAAAUGACAAUUUGCAAACAAAAGCAGAGUGAGGCGUUAUUUCAAGGUAUAAUGUCGAUUCAAAGUGCUUGUCAUCCGGCCCGUGACAACUUUAAAACCGCUCUUUCAAGAGCCAAUCCGCAGUGUUCGUAUGCGUUCCCGCUUUCAGUUCUGGUUUUCAUCUCUUAGUAGUUGUAACCCGUCGCUUUUUAAAACAGUACCCGACAUUUCUUUAAGCUAAGUUAAGUGGCAGAGCCCCGUGUGUUAAUUCUCUCCAACUCUUUCGUUUGUCGUAGAAAUAACUUUAUUACUAGAGUCCUCACCUUGAGCAUUGUUUUCUUCUCAACGAGGCACCCUGAAUGGCAUGGUGUGUGGCUAGAACAGUUGUUAAAACUAUGCGAGGUGACCUCCACGGAUUGCCCGGUUGGGAACUAAUGAUCUUUCCAACCUACAUUCCUUAGACUACCUAUAUACGUUGCUUUUUUUUUUGUACAACAACUACAAUCUGCUGCAGAUUUGUUUACGUGUAUACCAGACACCAUCGACACAAUUAAAUGCGUGUUUGCACCCUUACGAAAUACCUUAAGAUGUUCAGGAGCAACUAAACUUUAUCAUCUUUUGGGGUCAGAGACCCUUUUAUACCAAGCUGAGCUUUUUCGUCCGUAAUGGUGUUCACCUUUAUAAGCUGGAGCUGAUGAUAAGUUUUACUACAGUCUUCGUGGGGCCGUUGUAAAGUUUUUUAAUCUUGGGCAGGCGCUCCGCAUAAGUUUCUUAACCCAUUUCCUAUUUACCUAUCGUUUUUAUAUUUCACACCAGGCCACGUUUGUUAUCGAGGUUUGUUAUCUAUAGGAACUGCUAUGAAGAGGGUCAUCAUUUCAUCCUUUCAAGACCCUUAAUGUAGGAUUUUCUAUUCACAGAUAGCACUCAGGACAUGGACUAUGCACCAGACGAAAACAUCCAAGAUGCUCUGUUGACCUACCUGUCUGAGUUGACAUUGACGGAUGAAGAGCCGAUGGGACUGCAUCUUCCGAAGGGGGGCGAAUUUCAUGUUAUACAUUGGCGUCGUUCUAAACGAACAGAGUACACUGCUAGUACAGGCUUUAGCAUCAUCCUUUCUAAAGAACACACGUGGAGCAUAGGAAACAAAGUCAUCAGAGAAACGGUCAGCAUGCUAGACCUGUUAAGUCACUUUUUAAUAGAAUACAAAUUUCAAAACUCAGAGCAACACUUUGAAGCAAAAUCAAUAUUUCCUUGAGUUCGCUCGAACUUCAUCAGCGUUGUAAAUGUCAGGUUACGUAACGGAUAGGUUUUUACGUAUUCCUACAAUACUAAAUGUCUUCGCCGGAGCAGAUAAAGUCACCUUUUUAAGGUUUCGGAACCAUCAAGAAAUCGCCACUUUCGCUCUACUAAGGGCUUUAUGCUGUCGAAAAGUGUCGUUCCUCGAGAGCAUAUAUCCGUCCGUGUCGAUAAUUAAGCAUUUGUCGGCCCAGUACAGAAACUUUAGCUUGGUUAAUAUCAAGCGAUUGGGUCAUUGUGGACAGAAAUGGGUAGACAAUCUUGAACAAAAUGCAUUUAUGCAUUGACCAUUUGAUAUUAGCUACAAUCACCCUAUGUUUAGAUGUAAAGAUUUUACCUGUACGACUCUCUCUUUCCAUUGCUGCUCAAUAGACUGACGUCCAUGUGCGAUACAAAGAGUGGGACACUUAACUUAGCAGCGGAUCAUGGGAACCAGAGCCCAUAACUGAGAAGCUGCCUCAAUUUCUAGAAUUUCUAAAGGAAGCACAAGCCUUUUUGUUUCAUGACAAGGGUAAGUAAAGUUUUAUUUUGUUGAUCAUUGUGUCUUUUCUUUAGAAUUAUUUGCUGAUUUUACAGGACUGAGCUUUGCUUUGUUUUAAGUGGUCAACCUCACCCAAUUUUUGUUUUGCUUUGUUGUUUUUGGCGUUGACAUUUAACUGUUAUUUUCAUCAUAUCAUUUUAGAUGCUCGUUGAAUGUGCAGAGACAUGUAUUAAUUUGAAAUAUAGGUGUGAGUUAGUGACCGACAGUCUAUGACACAAGAGUGAGUUGAGAAAUACAACGUUGUUUUCCCCUCUACUUUAACUUUUUAUCUUCUCAAAUCUUCGGAAGCAACACCGAUGGACUAGAAAACUGAGGUUGUGAAACAUUUGUUCUUACAUUAUAGUUCCUCCAGAGAUUCUUGCAAGGGGUUCGUCCGCCGUGGAAGCUUAUAAAGAGGCUCUCACUCAUGGAAAAACGUCUGACAGAAGGUUUCCAUUGAUGCUCAUUGGUCAACACCGAGCAGGAAAGACCAGCUUAAUGAAGUCGCUAAAAGGGAUAUGCUAUAACCCACAAGAAGAUAGCACCGUUGGCAUAGAAGUGGAUCCUUCCUAUUUUAAACUGACCACAGAGCCUUGGGUAACAGGAAAGAGCAGCGAGGACCAAACGUCUGAAACUACAGCAAAUUCCUAUGGUCUUCUUGCAGCCAGAUACAUCGUGGAUAGCGUAAAGCAGGCCGAAAUUGUAACUAAAACAGCAGAGGAAUUUCAUAUGGCAGAAGAAAGUUUUGAACCCGGUGGCAAUGAAAUCUCAUAUGAAUCAACACCAAAUUAUCCUGCGAAAAAUGCGGACAUCAUUCAGGCACCUAAUCCCACUCUUAGAAGUCAUGAAUUCGGCGUAUUACCGUCUUCAACAAACUUAAAUCCGGAACCAGUUACUCACGAAUCUAUUAAAAUCAUGCUCGAGUUCGAAGAAGUAGCAGCUGUGACUGAAUCAUUGCUUCGUGGCGAUUUGGAGGACAACAGAGACGACGUGUGUUCUAAUUUUUGGGAUUUUGCAGGACAGUCAGUUUAUUAUGACACACACCCACUGUUUCUGACAUCACGAGCAAUUUACUGCCUGGUGUAUGACCUAAGCUUAGAUCCACAUGGCAAAGCUGAACCUUUGGAGAAACAAGGUGUAUACAAAGCAAUACCAGAGAGCGCAAAUCUGAAAACUAAUAUAGAUUAUCUCAACUUCUGGUUGACGUCUGUGGCUUCGUUAACUUGUAGCGAAGAAGAAUGUUGCUCGUCAGAUGUGUUGCCAAAGAAACUUCCUGCCGUUUUCCUGGUAUGCACGCAUGCUGAUAAACCAUUCGACGGUCGAGACCCUAGAGAAUUAUCUGUUGAAAUUUUUGGUUAUCUAAAGGACAAACCUUAUGGUGGCCAUUUGUGUGAUGUAUUCUUUGUAGAUAACACAAGUCUUAGGGUCAAAAACUCUGACUGCCCAGAAGUCGCACGCUUGCGACAGAAAGUACUUGAAAAGGCUAAAGAACUUCCGCACAUCAAGGCGACCAUUCCAUUGAAGUGGUUGAGAUUUGAGAAGGCGCUUCAAGCUGUGAAGAAAAAGGGAUAUAAAUGCAUUUCCCUGGAAGCGGCAAAAGGUAUCGCUUCGGAGGUCGGCAAAGUCAACGAAGAGAACGAGUUCACGACGUUGAUGAACUACCUGCAUGACCUAAGGUGCUUAAUCCAUUUUGAUCACACUGCCGAGCUGAAAAAAGUCAUAAUAUUAAAUCCCCAGUGGCUAAUUGACGUUCUUAAACAGGUGAUCACUGUCAAGCCAUAUGAUGCUGAUGAAGAGAAAUUCUUGGAUUCAUGGCUUAAGCUUGAGAGGGAAGGAAUUCUGGAUGAAGAUCUCCUAGCACAUGUUUGGGGUCCUUUGUUUAACGAGAAAGAAACAUGUGCCACUCUCAUUGAAAUAAUGGAGAAAUUUUGCCUGUUGUGCUCCUUGCCGUCUGACAAAACAAGCAACAAGAGCUACCUAGUCCCUUCAAUGUUAAAGUCGCCCCCACCGAAGUGGAUCAUUGAGUUGGCUGCCUCUGCAAAGUUUCCUUCCUUGUUUAUCAAAUUCAAGAGUGGUUUAGUCCCUGCAGGGCUUUUCCCACGGCUAGUACUGCAGUUAUUNAGUACUUGAAAAGGCUAAAGAACUUCCGCACAUCAAGGCGACCAUUCCAUUGAAGUGGUUGAGAUUUGAGAAGGCGCUUCAAGCUGUGAAGAAAAAGGGAUAUAAAUGCAUUUCCCUGGAAGCGGCAAAAGGUAUCGCUUCGGAGGUCGGCAAAGUCAACGAAGAGAACGAGUUCACGACGUUGAUGAACUACCUGCAUGACCUAAGGUGCUUAAUCCAUUUUGAUCACACUGCCGAGCUGAAAAAAGUCAUAAUAUUAAAUCCCCAGUGGCUAAUUGACGUUCUUAAACAGGUGAUCACUGUCAAGCCAUAUGAUGCUGAUGAAGAGAAAUUCUUGGAUUCAUGGCUUAAGCUUGAGAGGGAAGGAAUUCUGGAUGAAGAUCUCCUAGCACAUGUUUGGGGUCCUUUGUUUAACGAGAAAGAAACAUGUGCCACUCUCAUUGAAAUAAUGGAGAAAUUUUGCCUGUUGUGCUCCUUGCCGUCUGACAAAACAAGCAACAAGAGCUACCUAGUCCCUUCAAUGUUAAAGUCGCCCCCACCGAAGUGGAUCAUUGAGUUGGCUGCCUCUGCAAAGUUUCCUUCCUUGUUUAUCAAAUUCAAGAGUGGUUUAGUCCCUGCAGGGCUUUUCCCACGGCUAGUACUGCAGUUAUUUCAGUGGGGCAAAGACAAAUUGUGGAGAGAUGAUAACCCUCAUUUGUUCAAUGGCUUUGCCAGGUUUUUCACCACUGAAGAUGACUACUCCGUUAUUUUGAUUUGCAACUCGUCAACAGUUGAGAUUGUAAUGCACAGAGGAAGUCACAACCUUGAAAUGGCUGAGGAUGCGUCAUCAAAGAUGUCAUCAUCUCUACAUUGUCACCAAGACACCGCUGGGAUUAACUGUUGCGCUGUUGUGAGAAAGCAAUUGGGUUUGACGCUUGAGUGCAUGCGUAACGAGUUUUGUUGGUUAAAGAAUAUGAAAUAUGAAAUGAGUGUUUUAUGUCCAGUUUGCUGUAAGCGAGGAUCGGUUGCCUACUCUCGAACACAUCAGAAAGAAGGUUGCGAAGAAGAGCAAUGCCUGCACUUCUGGUCCCUUACCGACUUGUACCGUUCCAAGCAAGACGUCUUUUGUACAGAAUCUGUGUCAACUAAGAAUCCCAGAGUUCCGGUCAUGCAGUUUGCUCCUUGGCUUCCCUUUGAAGAACAACUGGUAAGAUGUUGUAAGAUAUUGUUACGAUGAAAAUGUCAACUGGUGACUUAAGAAUUUUGGAACACCCUAAGGACUAAGGUACCCAUAACAGCUUCCAACCUAUCAACCCGUCUUGGGGCGGAGCGUGCUCUCGCUAACUUAGACCGUGCAUUUUUUUUUCAAGGCAACCAACCAGUACAAUUUUUUUGACUAAAACCGAAGCUACAACUUCUUGUAUGGGUUUAUAACAUUAGAUAACUAACACUACUCUCACAUCUAUUUUCUCACAGCUCGAAGUUGAUGAAAGGUUUUCUGCGGGUAAUGAAGGUAGGCCUGAGCAAGUAAUUGUUGAAGCAAUACAAAAGAAUUGCAUAUCCUCUAUUCACCUUUACCGACUGUGUUAAGCGUUUUAUUUAGGAUAAAUGUUUUGUAAGAUGGGCAUGAGCAAGUUUUCCAAAUAGAUAAUCUCAUCGUCCUUAACAUUGAUGAAUAUGAUACACUUUUUUAUUUUUUAGACUAACUGAUAUCUCACGUUCCUUUAUCCCUGAAAAUACAUACAUACAUACAUAAACUUUAUUAAUGUGUCUUGGAAUGUCUAGCCGAUGGGGUUAAGAACCCCUCUACUAAUUGGGGACACCUAACAAUAUAAUAUAGUUACCUAACAAUAUAAUAUAGUUAAAAAACUAAUGAAAUAAUUGAUUUAAAAAGAUUAAGAAUUACAAAGGAUGCAAUUGGAGCAAUUGUCGUCGUCUAUCAUUACACCUAGAUCAAAUUUACGAAUACAAUUUUUGAAACUAAAUAAUGAUGGGAGAUCGCAGACAUCUGAAGAAUCGAGAGGAAAAGUCUGUACUUCACGUUGGUUGUAGCAAAAUUUCUGGUUCUCAACAAACCAUGGUUUCGCAAAUACAUUGCAGAAGAGACUAAAAAAUUGACAUGCAUGACUCCUGUGCAUCAUUGCACUCAGGAACAAAACGUUAGCCCAUAGUUUGCUUCUGUCUUUCGACAAUGCAAAUGGUCGUCCCUUUCAAGAAAGGUUAUCUACCAUGGAACGUGAUGUCACACUUCUCUUCUCUAUUGGUGACACAGGCAUAAGAACCGUGCGAUACCCUGUCGUAUUGAAGUAAUUUUUUGGAGAACUAGCCGGGGGAUUUCUGGAUGAAAAGAAAAAAUUAAAAAAGCAAAUUUAGGCAAAAUACUAUCCAUUAAACUUAUCAUCCGACCAUCAGCCCAUUAGUCUUAAAUUAUACUACUUUUCAGAGGAUUCAAGUCUACUUUAUGCGUCCAGGGUAGGCGUUCGUUUUCGUUUUUUCCUUCGAAGAGUUAGAACCCCAGACUUUAUUUUGUUCAUGGAACUCAGAUACUCUGUAGUGUUAAUUGUAAGUGAUUAGCUCGGUUACAUGACGGUUAUCAAAAAUGUAUUGCUUUGAUCCGAAAAAAGUACACACUGAGGUUGGACUCUGACUAGCUUUCGUUGUCCAAUUCAAUAACGAGAUCAGGUGUUUAGCUUACUGAUGGUCCCACGACUUUAAAGACCGUCAGUUUCUUGCUCUUGUCGGUGUGGGUGCUUAAUACACGCACAAAUAGAUCUCGGGAGCAUAAAGUCACUCAGCUUUGAUGCUGCGCCUCGGCUAUAGGGUAGGACAAUUGAAACACCUCUAAACGUGCUCCAUUUUAUUUCGUAGAACAUGUGGAGAAGGCGAUAGCUAUCCCUGAUGUUGUCUUGAAAGCCCUUACGCCCGGAUCUUGUGAUUCGGAGCAAGUUAUUUGUCAGUUGAAAGAAAAUUUGCAAUUGGACCAGUCUUGUUUUGAACAGCCAGAUUGCCACACUAGACAACUGAUUCGCUGUUUCGCAAGGGAAGCUAAGGUUUCAAAUAGGGAUGAUGUCAUCAUUCAUCUAAGAGGAAUGACACCGGCUGGAACAACGGGUGUGUUUAUCAGUUUUAAUAAUUUAUACAUGGCUCUCGGAACACGAGUACAUUUAAAUGCAUCCUAAGGAUUUGCUGUUGUAUCGUGUUUUUUUUUUAGCAGUUUUUAUAGUUGUUGUUUUGCUUUCCGCCUUCAAGAUAUGUGAAGUCAGUAUAUUAACUUGUAGGUACUGCAGUUACUUGCGCUGGGCUGAGCGUGUAUAUGUAUCUGUCCAUAUACUUUCCAACUAUGGAUAGACCGAAAUGUUCUAAGUUGUUUAUCACAUUUUUUCUAGGUCCUUUGUUACGUGAAAAUCUUGAUGUGCGAAGAAUUUCUGUCUCCUUGGGAAGGCAGCUGACCAUCGCUUUAUCAUGUGGUAUGAUUGAAAAAGCUUUCAGGUCCCGUCCGCACGUAUCCGUUUUCAUUUAAAAACGCAACUUUUUCUUUAUGGAUACGGCCUCCUUUCACACGUAUCCAAUGAAAACUAUCAAUGAAAACGGAACUUUUCGACAACGCUCUCCUGAGUGAAACUUUUUGAAAACGCUGUUUUAGCGUGUACGUGUGGACAAACGAAAACGGAUUUUUUCAAAAACGCUGAGGACAAAGUAUCAGUUCCAAUCCACUCCGCACAAUAUUAGAAACUUAUUGAAGGUGGCGGAAGGGCGCUUCCCUUCCUUGUCUUUUAUACUUGGGCUUAUUUCUAACCUAAUUGCCUGUUUUCAAGUAACUUUAGCUGAUUAUUCCAGGAGGCGGCAGAACAUUAUCAGGUUACUUUCGCUACCGGUGUCAAGAGGCGGAAGGUUGGAUUUCCCUUUAGUUUGACUUUGUUUUUGCCCUGAUGCUGACAUUUUAAACUGUUUCUGCGACUUUAAAGAACGUCACAACAAUAUAAACCCACACCAAAGAAAUUUAGAGAUGGCGUCAAUUUAUUACUUCGCGGGCUCAUAAUAGCGAACACGUACGUGUCAAGCAUGCGUAGUCGGGUAAGUUAUCGUUUUCAAAUCGAUUCAUCGUAUACGUGUAAUCUCGAUCCCACAGCUUCUGCGCAUGAAGGCAAGGGAGUAAGAACUCUGGGGAACCCUGGAACAAGAUUGUCUCUUAUUGGUUUCAGCAAAAAACAAUACACGUGUUUCUGAUUGGUCCAUUCAAGUUUGAACGAGAGCGGGUGAACAUGCGGCGUGUCUGGCGUGUGAGCGGGUUUUUCUUUAGAAUGUUAAAGUAAACACGCCCAGCCGAUCCUUGAUUUCAGAGAUUCCAAAACAACAUUUGCACAACUAAUUAGGCAGAAUAACUGGAUUCCCCAAUUUUCAAAUAAAAUACCUUAGCUAUCGAAAAUUGACCAAGAAAAAGAUUUGAAUACACCGACAUCUUUUCCAGCUAUAAUGUAAGAAGCAUGACGUCACAUUAAUGAUUUUUCUUCCACUGCCACGUUGUCGUAUUUACACGAAGAAGCCGAGUAUGAAUGAAAACUUUAGCUUAACGUCGUAAAUUGCCCUAAAACAGACUUGCAAGAGAAAAGUAAACAGAAAAAGUCAAUCGUUCCCUAAAGUAAUGCGUUUACAAUGCGACUAGAUGUUUAUAGUUGUCUUCACUUCACACGACAUCGUAUUUUAAAGUAGCUUUUCUGAAGCGUUUAAUAUUCAUGAACAAACAUAAAUAAAAGGACGCUAAAUUCUUAUUUUGGAAAGUUUUCUUGGAAUUUCCAUAUGUUCACCUUAACAAGCCAUUCAGGGUUCACCUACCGCUUCGUGAAGUAGUCCACGCAAAUAUUUAAUCAACUGUCAAGCAUAUGCAAAUUUCCAAUCUCAAAUCUGCGAAUUUUAACGGUAUGUUCUCAGCAGCUACCACAAGAGCCUUGGAUACCUGAAAAUUCUUCAAGGGCUCCGUUAAUUUCUUCAGUUCCAAUUCCGAAGCAGCACAAAACUUUCGCGAUGAAGUAGAUAUAAAAGAAGAAAAAGGUUUGUGUUGGAAUAAAAGAGCAUGCGCUAUGAGGCCCAAAGAACCAGAUUUUGGCUACGCCGGCGCAGAGUUUCCCAGAGUUGACGCGCGCAUCACCAGACCCGUAAGCACUGGGGUCGAGAAUGCGUAUACGUGUGGACGGGCGAAAACACAACGAGUGGACGCAAUUUUUUUGAAAACGGAGAAAAAAAGUUGUGUUUUCCAAUGAAUACGGAUACGUGUGGACAGGGCUUCAGUUAUUGGUUAUUUCCACCAUGCCUGCUGUUUCUAGUAACUUUUAGCUACGCUCCAUGCACAUUAUAAAACGCAUUGUUCUUUGCGCACAAUGCUUGCUUUAUAUUAACGAAUCCGAGCCACGCUCCAUGCAGCUUAUAGUUAAAAAAUACAUUGUUCUUUAUGCACAAUGCUUACUUUAUAUUAACGACUCGAAGUACUGAGCCAUUAGGUAAAUCAGAACUUAGGGUAAAAAGCAGUUAAGGCGAUAUCCACUUUUUCAGUACAAAAUGGAGACAGACACCUCUAAAGUAUGUUCACACGCAUUUUAGGGUAGACCGCGAGCGGUCGUCUUUCUUUCCUCAGAGUAGCCAGCCUAGCAUGGCGGUUUUGGUUGGGCGCGCAAAGUAAUAAAAGCAGGCGAGGGCAGAGAAAGCGCGCGCUUUGCGCACGUUUUUGCGGCUUCGCCGCUCAGUAGUGCUCCCGACAAAACCGCCGUGCUACGCAGGCUAUUCUCAGAGCCACACGCAAUGAGCGAAAGAGUCAAAUUUCUAAUUAAUCUUAAGAAUGGAGAAGAGAUUAAUUGGGGCGGGGAGAAAAAAAAAUUAGGGUAACUUUCCUUUCCCCUGUUCUUAUGUUACAGGAGACCAGUGGGAGAUUGUUGCUGAGAAACUGGGUUUAACUCCACAAGAAAUUCGUUUUCUCGAUAAACGCAUACUGAACCCAGCAGAUGCUUUGAUUGGUCAUAUCGCAAAUCAGCGUUACCUGUCUGUGGGGGAACUUUACGACGUUUUAUGCGACUGUGACCUACCUGUAGUAGCCGAUCUAUUGUAA